AGCUUCAUGCGCAUGCGAUUGACGCUUGUAUUUCGGUUUUCGUUUUCGUUUUUCGUCCAUUUUGUUCUUGUACGUGGUGUGGAGUAGUUCGUGACGUGUAAUUAAGUACAUAGUUUGAAUUACCGCUUUAGUUAUGGGAGACAGUUACGGGGCCUCAGGGGGUUACGAUUACUCUCAACCUCCUCCAUCAGGCGGCUAUGGCGGUGGUUAUGGAUCCCAACAAGGAGCCACCGCAGGAGGACAAAUGGGGUACCAACAGAGUGGCGCUCAAGCAGGAGGAGGUUCUUGGGGUCAACAGUCUCAAGGAAGGCAGGCUGGAGGAUACGGAGAUAAUAAUGGAGGGAGUUACCAAGGAGGUGGAGGAGGUUAUGGUAGCACUGGGGGUUAUGGAGGAGGAGGUGGUGGUGGAGGAGGAUAUGGAGGUUCUGGAGGUUACAGCUCAGGAGGAGGUGGUGGCGGAGGCUAUGGAGGCCGAGAUAGAGGAGGUGGUGGAGGCAGGGACUUAGAGCGCAGAGAUAGUUAUGGCGGCGGCAACCGUGGUGGUGGUUAUAACAAAGGUGGUGAGAAUCUGGUUAUACAAGUGGAUACGGUCUUUGUAUCAGGCAUGAACCCUGACUUGAAUGAAGAUGAUAUUGCUGACCAUUUUGGAUCCAUUGGUAUAAUCAAGAUGGACAAGCGGACACAAAAACGCAAGGUGUGGCUGUACAAGGACAAAUUAACCGGCCUAUCUAAGGGCGAGGCGACCGUGACGUACGAUGACGCGAAUGCCGCUCAGAGCGCCAUCUCGUGGUUCGACGGCAAGGACUUCAAGGGUAAUGUGAUCAAAGUACAGCUGGCCACCAAGAAAGAUAAUUGGAGCGGCGGUAGAGGAGGAGGAAGAGGUGGAGGCGGCGGCGGAAUGGGCCGCGGUGGAGGAUUCGGAGGCGGCGGCGGUGGUGGUGGAUACGGUGGCGGAGGCGGCGGCGGAUUCGGUGGCCGUGGAGGCAGCAGAGAUGGAGGUCCACGCGGUGGAGGCGGUGGCGGCGGCGGCGGAGGCCGUGACCGCGAAGGUCGCGAUGGAGACUGGAAAUGCCCCAAUCCCGAUUGCGGCAAUACGAAUUUCGCGUGGCGCAACCAAUGCAACCGUUGCAGCGAAGCGAAACCAGAGGGCGCUGGGGGCGGCGAUGGAGAUGACCGGCGCGGCGGCGGUAGAGACAGAGACGGGGGCGGAAGGGACAGGCCGCGUGGAGGCGGUGGAUUCAGAGGCGGAGAUAGAGGAGGCCGCGGGUUUGGUCGCGGUGGUGGGGGCGGUCGAGGAGGAUUCGGCGGCGGCGGUCGUGGAGGCGGAGGCGGCAGGUAUGAAGGUGGUGGUGGUGGUGGUGGACGUGAUGGUGGAAGGGAUGGAGGAAGACCGCGACCUUACUAGAUCUAAGACUUAUUGCUUUUUAUUUUUUAAGUACCUUAGAAUAAUAUAAUGUUCAAACAUAGUGUACAUGAAAUUUUCUAUUUUGUUUUGAUUCGAUUUGACUGAUUUGUUUGUUGAAUUUUAUCAACACAGCAGUUUGUAUUUAAUAAAAAAGAGUGAUGAGUGUAAUGAUUCGUGCUGCUUAUUUCAUGCCCCUACACACAAUUCAGAUUUUUAACACGAUGGAAUUGCCCACAUAGUUCGAAACAGC